AUGCGGGCACGGGUGGAUGUGUGUGUGCGCCGGGAGCGGCCGGAGGGGAUGCGGGCACCGCCAGAGGCGCGCCGGGAGCGCGGACAGAUGUGCGGCUGGGGCUGGCCGGAGGGGGUUCAGGCACAGCCAGAUGUGCGCCGGGACUUGUGCGGGGCUCCGGGCACCGCCAGAGGGUCCUUCAGGCUGGAUGUCAGCUCUGGGAGGCCAUGCCAGGGUGGCUGCAGGUCCCUUGGGCAGGAGAGCAGCGUGGGCAGGCAGUGGAGGGCAAGGGGUUGCCCAGGACCCCCUCCACCACCCGGGGCUGGCACGAAGCCACCACAGAGAAAGAAGCCAGCACGAGGAAGCACCACCUCCACCACCAUCACCACCAGGAGGGCAGAUAAACACCACCACAAAAGCAGAAAGCAGCGGGCCCACUCCCCUCCAGUGCUUAAAAUCUCAAGUCCCAGGAGGAACCCUGACUCAGCCCAAGGUACUGCAGAGGAGAAUCAGGAAGAUGCAGAAAUAACAAAGGUCAUGGCAUCAGCUUCCACCAUUUUGGAUUCUAGUCAAGCAGAGGAAGGUCUUUCAGCUCAGCUUCAAGAAAGCCUUUGAUGGGAUGGGAUUCCUGAGGAUCCCGAAGCAGAGGAGGAAAGGCUGAGUGUCUGUGAGGUGAACAGAAGGAAAUGGUAG